AUGGCCGACUAUUAUCAGAAUGCAGAGCUCAAUCUCUCAGCAUCAACACAGUCCAUCGCGGGACUCUGGUCCGAUCGUGACGGCGAGGCCACAAAACCCUUCAAGAUCAAUGCCACACUUGAUCUACCGGAAGGGAGGAAGGAAGUCCUGCUUGAACUAGCACCAGUGCUCAGAGCAGAUAAGUCACAUCUCGACUACCGGGGGUGGAUACUUCAGGAGAGGAUAUUCCCUCGGAGGACGCUCUUUUUCGACUCUUACUGGAUCUCUUUCGAAUGCAGCCAGAUGAGUGCCUCAGAAUCGUGUCCCGAUGGGAUGGACCUGACAGCCUCGUCCAACCCGGUCACUGUCUAG